AAAAUAGCUGUAAUAAAUACAAUAAUAGUUAGAAUAUCUUAUUUGCAAACAUUGACGUUUAAAUUUCCACUAAAUCGUCUCUUGAUGGUCGACAGUCAUAAAAUGGAACUACCCCCAGGAGUUUUAGGCUUGUUUGUAACGGAGUUCAAGCCUAAUGUUGGUAAUAGCAUAGUAUGGAAAUAUAUGAACCCAUCCAACGAUAACGAUCCAGAUUUGUACGGCAUAGAGUACACAUCUAUGCCUUCUGGAAUGCAUCUCAUGGAAUCGGAUGAGAUUUACUUCACGACGAGAGAUUACAAUCACGGUAUCGCUAUCUAUAGAAAGAUAUCAUCGACGGAGGAGCAAGAACGUGGCGUCAAAAUGUUCUCAGUGGGUUUGAUAACGAGCGAUACAUACGUACCGUACAAUUAUCUCCCUGAACUCGAAGAGUUGUCGCUAUACUUGAUGACGAACCCACCGUCAGACGAUCUGCCAGUGAUGUUCUUUGCGCCAAUUCAGUCCUCAGAUUAUUCGAAAAUAAUACAGCAAUCACCAUCACCAAAAGCAUUAGCUUUUCUGUUGGAUCUCCUCGGUCCAUUGCUACUCCUUUUGUUUAGGUUUUUGCUCGCAAGGAAACGCGUCGUCGUGUUCUUCCGUCCGACUGAAGGCAGAGGUGUGGGUUGGAUAAGCACAGCUCUGGACACGCUUGCCAAGAUUCUUAAUGAAGUUGAUGAUGGCGUAAGCAACCAGACGAGGACUAACAUUAUUGGAAACAUUGGCUUGAUCGAUCUUGAUCGUUUGAAGGACAUAGAAGGUGGUUUUGUGGCAUCUACUACUGACGCGUUAUUAUUGGAGAAACCACAAGUGUAUGAUGCAAUCAUUGAUUUGUCACCGAAGGUCAAAUAUCCAUCACUUUAUAUAUCCCAGAAACAAGGAAAUGAAAUGCUUGUCAAGAGACAGACCUACACGUUAGGCGAUUUAUAUAUCUGGAGACAGUUAAGGAGCAGAAUAGACUCUCAAACACUGGUCUCAUCGCCCCCUUAUGGCUUGAUAGAUUUGAUUGCUGACAUCUGGAGCUCUCUUUUUGGCAUAAAGAAUAGUAUUCAUAUACCAUCACCAGCAUCAAGUGAUUAUCAUGAAGAGAACGAGGAUGAAGAUGAAGAUGACGAUGAGGAAGUCAGAUUGUUUGGAAAGGCACUCAAUCCAACGCCAGCUAUAACAUCCUUCAUGAAGAGCUACUCCAAUGCAAUUCUUGCAAGUUUGCUGACACUGACACUAAAACCUGAUCACGAUUACAAUUCAAAUGGAAAUGUCAGAGAUGAUGAUCACACACAUCACAAUGAAGGUGAAGAAGGUGAAGAAGAUAGUCCACUCGAGUUGACAGCGUCAGACUUGUUGUCGCUGGGGCUAUCGCCUCUAAGCGACGUUGACAGCAUAAUAGCAAAGUCAAUCUCGAAGACAGAGCUAGGUAGGAAUGUUCACAUUUCAAUAAGUUGUGCUUGGUCAGUAGCAUCAUUUGUACGCCGUCAAUGCUUGAGUAUUGGAUGGAUAUGAUUUAUUUCAUGAUUUUUAACAAGGGUAACUAAAAUAAGAACGAAUAAUUGAAAGUCUGUAUAAUCCCAUUAAAGUAGAAAAGUUAGAAGCUUCAAAAAGGAAGUUUAAUUUUUAUUUAUUCAGGCUUUUUUGAGAUGAACAACAUCAUUGGUGUGAAGAGCUUCUUUUGACCACCUUCGACGAGCGCAUCAGCAGCUACCUUGAGUGAUUCACCAACAUCGAAGGUACCUUUUGGUACUACACCGACCUUUUCGAGUAAUUUUACACCAUUUUGGGUGAUGAAUUUACCGAAGUUUGUCAUUCUCCAUACUGUGAAAACAUCCCACAAGCUUUGACACUUUCUGAUAUCACCUUCUAAUGGGUAGUACCAUUGGAUGUCGUCUGGUCUGUCUGCAAGAUCUUCCUCGUGAAGGAUUUCGAAACCAACAUUCUUCAAUGCGUUACGAGCAUUCUCAAUGUUGCGCAUUUCUGGAAUACCAUCACCGAUUUCGAUUCCGUGAGCGACUCUCUUGUGAUCUGGGUUACGUGGAUCCCAUUCGUCAGUCAUACACCACUCGCUGGGUAGAGUUAGACGUGAAGGAAAUAAAAAUUUCAAACUCACUAAACACCGAAAAUUCCACCUGGUUUAAGGAUCUUCUUGAUCUCACCAUAAACACCCUCGAAGUUUGGUGCGUGUACUGUAGCCUCGAUCGCGUAAACAGCAUCGAAAGAAUUUUCACCGAAUUGUUCAGACAAUUUCAUGAAGUCACCCUUGACGAAUUCGACUUGGUUUUCGAGGCCAACCUUUUGUGUGUACUUUCUUGCUCUGGAGACUUGGAAGGCGUUGUUGUUCAAGCCGACGAUGUUGGCGUCUGAAAACCUAGCGAUUUCACGAGCUGGACCACCAACACCGCAACCGACAUCUAAUACCUUCAUGCCCUUCUUCAAGCCGAUUCUUGAGGAAAGAUAGUGUUCGUGUCUGGCCAAAGCUUGAUAGAAACCUUCUCCCUUGUAGUAUCUGCAGAAAUGGAAGGAAGUACCCCAACCAUACUCGUAUAAUUCAGUAGCACCAUCGUAGUAGCCAUUGACGACGUCCUUGUAAACGUCUAAUCUGUUUUGACGAUCAGUCUCUGAGUCGUUUGAAGCGUUCUUUUGCCAGAAAUUAUUGUAGUUCUCAAUACCAGCGUUUGAACGCUUUCCAUCGUCGAGUUUGUUGUAAGUUGAAGACAUUUUAGUUGUUUAUAAAGAAAGAAGGAUUUACCCGCGUCUGAGAGCUUAGACGAGCUCAUCAUGAGUAACACUAUAAACAUAUAUCCUCUGCAGAACUAUACGUUCACCCAACGUGAGGCUCAGCCGGAAGAAGAUGCCAGUGUCGCAGCCAGACUACAGAGAUUGCAGAAUAAUUAUGAGGAUUUUGGGUAUGAGACGUACUGUUGAAGGUAUCAUGGUUGUACACGAGCAUGGUCACCCUCACAUUCUCAUGCUUCAGAUCGCCAACGCGUUUUUCAAACUCCCAGGUGACUACUUAACCCCAGGCGAAACGGACGAACCUGGUUUGAAGAAACGACUGGAUGAUAGACUAGCACCGCUCGAUCCAACGAUGUUCGAUCCAGAAGACGGUGCACUCAAUGAAUGGGAAAUCGGAGAUUGCCUUGCUCAAUGGUGGAGACCUAACUUCGAAACUUUUAUGUAUCCAUUCAUCCCUGCACACGUGACAAAACCAAAAGAAUGCAAGAAAAUGUAUGUCGUCGGCUUGCCUGAGCGAAAAGUAUUUGCCGUCCCAAGGAACAUGAAGCUGCUAGCUAUACCAGUAUUUGAACUUUAUGACAAUUCGGGUAGAUAUGGUCCACAAUUGGCGGCUAUCCCGCAUCUGCUCUCGAGGUAUAAUUUCAUAUUGCAAUAACUUAUCUAUAAAGUGGUGAUUACAUAAAAUGUAAAUUAUUUUUUAAUCCUUUUU